AUGCAACGUUUCGACACGAUCAGUCUACCGGGCCGACGGAAAAUCAGCCAUUCUCGAAGUCCUAACGGGACCCUCUCAAGGAACACGUUCUCUAAAAAUAGUGGUCGGUAUCACUUACAAAAAUCGAAUACGGCUGUAAAUAUCGAACAAAUGAGCAUGCACGACCUUGACGACAAACGACAUCGACGACGGAAAUUACGAACAACGGCGUCUGAAAGCCCUGCCAGAGAAUUCAAAGGUGGCAUUCCGGUCCGAGCACAUCAUGAUGAUGGUGCUACGGAGUCGAAGGUCUACUCAGCGUCUUCGUUCCAUGAAAUUCCUCAUGAAAGGCGAAGACGAAAACCUGAUGAGGGCACAUCCAAUGUGCCGAACGUGGUGAUUUCACGGAGUCGUGACGAUGAGGUCAAAGCACACAGCGACGUUGAAAGGACCGAAGAGACCAGCGUGCAGUAUAAAUAUGGGCCCUCACUAGUAUACCCGCUGACGAAGCUGUACCUCAGUGAACACUUCAGGUUACGCGAUUUCGAUGGUCGCUCUUACAGGUCGGACCGGUCCGAGAGGUCGGAUGAGAUGUCGUUGCAUUCGAUGAGAAGACAGGGCUACGGACACUCAAAAGAGAAAAUGCCAGUCAGCGUCGGUAUCUGUAUCGUGUUCGCUUUCAUAUCAGGUGGAGCAGUGCUGUUCAGUUGGUGGGAAGGCUGGAAUCCAUUCGACGGUGCUUAUUACUGCUUCAUCACGCUCAGCACAAUAGGUUUUGGUGAUAUCGUACCUGGUCAAGCGUUGGACGAAGGGUCACAGGAGAAAUUAGUGGUUUGUGCGCUAUACCUCCUGUUCGGUAUGGCGCUUAUCGCUAUGUGUUUCAAACUGAUGCAAGACGAUGUGGUGCAGAAAGCACGCUGGUUGGGUCAGAAGAUCGGCAUCUUGGUACGCGAAGAACUCUCGGAAUCUGAAUCCGAAAUUGAAGACGACAUGAUAGAAGAGGACGAUGAGGAUAUGAGCGAAGAGCGAACAGACCAGGCAUGUUUAACAGACUUUUCAGGCUGGUGUGCCGACAAGCGUACCAUCUCGUCAGGCUCAUCGAAACGUGACGAUGACAUUGCACUUCAUCCAUCGUCUUCCUACCAUCGUAAAAAACCACAUCGUCGAUGA